GGGGUAAUGGCGCGCUCCAACGUUCACAUGCUGUCAUCCAGUCGCUCUUCAAAGUAACUGUUAUUUUAGUGAUUAUAGGUGGAACUGGGACCAGCUUUAGAACAGAAGUUUGAUAACUGAGUGCUUCAUUCAACGAUAGCUAUGAGGAAGAGCUACAAACUCUCUUUGUAUUAUCACAAACAUACUAAACUGUUACACUCGGGGAUAAUUCCAAACCCUGCGGCAGGCACUGCUUUAUUAAAAAAUGGAAAUGGACCGGCAAAGAAACCAUUGUCAGAUUUUACAGUUUCAGGGAAGAUUAGAGAUGGGGCUCAUUCACAAUAUGGGGUUUUGAAGUCAAGAAACAGGACUGCAUCAUCUUGUGUGUCAAAAAGUAAUGAGCCUGCUCCAAGGCAGUUUUCUGUGCCGUCACUGGCAUCAUCAGAAAAAUUGACACCAACUUGGUCAAUUGUAAGGUAUUAUCUUCUGAAAUAUAAAAAGUAUGCCCAGAAAAGUCAGAGCAAUCCGCUAAAAAAUGUUCUUGAAAAGCUGUGCCCAGAGGUACUUACUGAUGUGAAGACAGAAUUCCAAAUAAACAGUAGAGAAAAGGCAGGUGCCAGGAGGAAAAUUUCAAAUUCAAAAUGGCAACAUGUCUCCCUGACACAAACUAGAUAUAGAGAUGAAAUUGUCAGGGGUUUCAUUGGUACACCUACAAUAUCAAUUAACGCAUCCAGACUUUUCCAUUCUUCUCCUCAUUUACCAAACUCUGACAAUAUUACUAACACAGUGGACCAUAUGGCAUUUGAGGAAGAUUUUACUUUCGUAGAGAAACAAGCUGUUGUGUGUGAGGAUCGCUAUGUUCCCAGAAAUACAAAAAGGCACACUGCAGAUACAUUGUCAUUGUUCAAAAAGGACAGGCAUCAUUUAGAAGACAGAACAGAUGCGACUAAGAGUCUUAUGUCCAGGGAUCAUCAGUUUAGAAACAAUGACAUCCACUUACCUAAUUUGGUACUGGAUUCACCACAUAUGUUUGUUGAUAAAACAUUACCAACAGAAAAGGAAGAAAAGUUCCACGUGGCUGACACUGAAACACAAAGACUAUUACAAAAGGAAAUGGUUGAAGACAGUAAUGAUGAUUUUGUGUCGAAAAGUGGAAGUAAUGGAAAUAGAUUGAAUGAAAUGGAACCAAAUUUAAAAUGGGAAGAUGCAGUUGAAGAAAAAGAUAUUGGCAAGGUAUUGGAGGAUACCGACGAUGAAAGUCUCGAAAACGGCAGGAACAUGUCAGUUUGGGGAAAAACUACUAUUUUACCAUCAGGGAAUGUAAAUUCAGCAUUUGACAAAAAUGAAAAUAAUGAUCUAGUGCAGGAAAAAAUGAAGAAAAGAAACAAAGAAAAAGAUGACAAAUCUGCAAGGGAGAGAAAAAAUGAUGCACUUAAAAAUGGAGGUGAGAAAUCUGUAGAGGAAGGGAAGAAAAGGCGAAAAAAAUUGUAUUCAAAAUCAAUUGAGGAAAGAACACCUGCCAGCAUGGGAAAAAAUCUGGAAGUAAAUAAUCGUGGUGUUGAUACAUCGUAUAACUCUAAUAAAGGGCCUGAGGUAUUCAAGAUGGUGGAAAACAUACCAUCCAACAUUUCUGAGGCUGUGACUAAGUAUGGACUGAAGCCUCUGACCGAGGGAUACACUUGUCUAGUUACACGCUGCCCAAAGCUGCCGAAGAAAGUCAACAAGAACAAACCAUACGGUAACCUGUACAUCAAUGCUACCUCUGGUCAUUUUCAAUGUGAUGAAUGUCAGCAGCAUGGCACCUGGACUGCUCUCAAGCUCAACUUGGAAAACAUGCGGAAUAUCAAAAGACAGGCUAGACUUGAUUUUCCUUGCAUGUCAGAGGUUCAAGGAGCAGCGUUCCUAAAACAGGGUGCCACAGAGGCGAACAGGUCCCUGGAUGUGGGAAUACCUCUGGACCAGCUGGAGCAGAGUGAGCAAGAACUGGUCCUGGAGAAGUUCGAGUGUGAAAAUCUGUCUCUGUCAACUUUAAACAGUUAUAAUGUAAAGUACCACAGUGAGGAUCAGGCUCUGCUGCUGCCCUAUUACCUGGCAGACAGGACACUGAUCAGCGCCAAAAAGCUCACCUGUUUUCCAAAGGAAGACUCAAACAGCUGUAGCAUUGAACAAGAAUUCACAUCUCUAUCUGGGAAGUGUCACCUGUUUGGUUGGAAUCAGAUUUCAACGAGUGAUGAUUACAUAAUCCUUACGACCAGCGAAUUUGAUGCCAUGGCGAUCACCGAGACCACAAAGAAAAAAGCUUUAGCUCUUCCUAUGGGAAUCUCCUCCAUACCAAUAGAGUCCUUACCUGAUCUGGAAAGAUUCAAAAAGAUCCUGUUGUGGUUUGAAAAUGACUUGUUAUCUUGGAAAGCUGCAAAACAUUUUGCGCAGAAAUUAAAUGGUUCCAGGUGCUACAUAAUCAGGCCAAGUCUUGAAACCCCUGGUCCCUAUAGGGCCUUACAACAGGGCCUGUCUUUAAAGAAUAUCAUAAAAAAUGCUCACCAGAUUAAGCAUGAGUCUAUUGUCAGUUACUCUGCCAUGAAAAAUGAGGUUUACUCUGAGCUGGCAAACCUUGAAAUGGUGGCUGGGACAGAGUGGAAGCGGUACCUCCCUCUAAACAAGAUCCUGAAAGGCCACCGUCCUGGGGAGAUGACUGUAUUCACUGGACCUACAGGAUCUGGCAAGACGACCUUCAUGAGCGAGUAUUCACUUGAUCUUUGUGAAUCAGGGGUAAGAACGUUGUGGGGCAGUUUUGAGAUACCCAAUGUGAAACUGGCCAAAGUGAUGCUCACACAGUUUGCAAAGAAGAACCUGUCUACCCAUCUAGAUGAGUUCGACCUUUGGUCCAAAAAGUUUGAACAUCUACCAUUGUUCUUCAUGACGUUUCAUGGUCAUCAGUCAAUUCAGAGUGUUUUAGAUGCAAUGACUCACGCGGUGUACGUCCACGACAUUGAGCACAUCGUUGUCGACAACCUCCAGUUUAUGAUGGGGGCUAUGGAUAAGGAAAAGUUCUUCAUGCAGGAUCGUAUUAUUAGCAGCUUCAGGAACUUCGCCACCACCAAGAACUGUCACAUCACUGUUGUCAUUCACCCGCGCAAGGAGAAAGAGGAAGAGCUGUGUACAGCAUCAGUGUUUGGUUCGGCCAAGGCCACUCAGGAAGCUGACAACAUACUCAUCCUUCAGGACCGAAGGAACACCAAUCCACAAGCUGGCAAAUACAUACAGGUCGUGAAGAACAGAUUUGAUGGCGAUUUGGGAAAGAUGCUGUUAAAGUUUGAUAAAGACAUUUACACGUUUUCUGGCAAGAAGCUAGAUACAGAUAGAUUGAAGAAACAGACCCAUCAUCAGGAUAACCUUGUACAGAAUACAGAGAUCGAAAAACAUGACGACCAAAGUAGGAGAACACUACACUCACAGAAUGAAAAUGGCAGUGAACACUGGGAGGCGGAUUUCCCUUCUGAUCCUGAGGUAAAAAGAUUUGACUACGACACGGUAAAUCAGGCAGGAGAUUCAGCUGAAGCAGGAGACAUGAUGGAAUUGAGUGAGGACGAUGACACUAAAGAACGUUUAUCAUAUUGAUGGUGACGAACAAACGCUUGUUGAGUUAUUGAACUGAAACAAGGUAUAUAACAUAGCUGCUGCAGUGAAGGUGUAGGUUGCAGAAGUGAUGGUGAAGAUUCAAUGGUCAGUUCACCUGAAUGAAGGUGAAAGUCAUAUUGUUGAUUUGUAACCUGAAAGUGCAGAAUAAUUAGCUCACCUGGCCUGAAGGGCUGUUCUAUCAAAGCUUAUCCAGUCCAUUUUUAUGUUCUCCACUAUAAACAGAGUUAUGGCCCUUUGUUGUUCUUUUUUGUUUCCGAAGUUGAAGGCAACACUACCUUGUUUGAUACAAUGUGAAGGGAUAUAAUAUAUCAUUGUUAUUGUCACUUUUACCAGUAUGUAUAUUAGAUGUUUUAUGAACUUCAAAAUAAUUGCCAGUAUUUUAACUGAUAUGUUACCUUUUACAGUCUCUUUUUGGAAUUUAUUUUCUGGUAAAAGUACAAAGAUUUGGUCAUUUCAUAGGGACAUAAUUGGCUGGAUUGCAACACAAUCAGGACUUAUAGAUUGGUAAUUCAUGACCGGAAGUAUGUCUGUCUGUCUGCACUAAGGUUAAAAAGAAUGGUUAAGGUCAGUUUCCAAGUUAUUAAUUAUCCCACAUUAACUAGAUGCUAAUCACAUGUGAUACUUCGGAUGCUGCUUCUGAUCUACAUUUUCUGCUUGACUGACCAGGUUAAGAAGAUUGGUUAAGGUCAGGCCCUAUUUGCACCAAGGUUAAAAACAUUGGUUUAGGUCACUUACCAAGUAACUUCUUGUCCUACAUCAACUAAACUUGCAUGGCUUAUGUAUCUCAGGAUGCUUAUCACAUGCAAUGCUUCGGAUGCUGGUUCUGACCUACAUUUUCAACUUCAGUGACUAGGUAAAGAAGAUUGAUUAAGGUCAGUUACUUAGGAACUACUUGUUGUUCAUCAAAUAAACUUGCAUGGCUUAUGUAUCUAUCUAAGGAUGCUAAUCACAUGCGAUGCUUUGCAUGUCGCUUCUGGUCUACAUUUUUGGUCAUUUGCCACAAGAAAAACAGUUACUCUAAGAAUAUUUACUGUUUACAUGAAAAUGUACUGUAGCAGUCUGGCCAUAUCGCAAUUGGCGGUUUCUUGUUUCUUGUUAUUUUGAUCUCGUCCAGAGGUCUCCUCACCCAUGAUGGAUCAUUUCAAAACUGGCUGAGCUUUAUUUUCUUGACAUGCAGUUGUGCUUUGAAAUUCAUAAUGUUGAUGCCAAUAUAAUUGAAACAGUGAUUGGCAUUUUAAUUUCUUACACAAUUCGAUCUUUAUUCUACAAAUCUUUUUAAAAUAUAUCAAGCUUAAUAAUAAUCCCACAAUAUUUAUCCUUUGUGUAUUGCAGUAAUGUUUUAAUAUUUGCCAGCUUUGCAUGUGCUUUUUGUUUUAUUGCAAUUAUCAUUGAGGCAAAAGGGUAAAAUAAAAAAAUAAAUCUUUUGAAUAUUGUUUGAAAUAUGGACAAAGGAAAGCAAUUUCUAAAUGUAAAAAUUAUUGUUUUCAAAGAUUUUAAAGGAUAUACAACAUAUAUAUAUAUAUAAAUGUCUUUAGCAUAUGUUUGUAAAGUGUAAACAGUAUGUUUUCUCUUUUCACCACAUCCUAAAAAUAAUUCAGCAUUACUAUGUAAUACAGUACCAAUGUAGUUUCUUGUUAGGUUCAAUAUUCUCAAACAUUUAAAUACAAUAAUGUAUCAGACAAAUUUUUUAAGUAUCCGUUUGUCAUGGGAUCCCGGGGGGCGUAUAUAUUGUUCCACCGUGUGAUUCUCUUGUUUGAAUAUUGUUGUAUCAAUACAAAUUCAGUGUAAUAAAAACUAUCAUGUGUUAUCAUCGUUUGAAUAUUUUCUCAUGAAUCUAAAUUUGAAAUUCAAUAUUUUAGCUGUUUUCAAUAAGAUUUAUCAGUUUUGAAAUUUGUGAUAUCAAAGUUUUACUUUCUACACAAACAAUGUACUGUUACGUUUUGUAAUAUUAUCCCAACGUGGUGCUUUCUGUAAUAAUUCUGUCGCCGCCACCAGUUAAAAUUAAUUGUACAACACAA